GCAGCGCUCCUUUGGUCGGCCAUUGACUCGCAGUCGUCUGUCAAUCCGACUCGCCUGUCAGUUUGAGGAGACGACAGCUUUAGCGAGUGGUUUCUGGUUCUGCUUCCUUGUGUGUAAUCGAGAGCAGUAUCACGAAAACAGAAAAUGGCUCGCAUUACAUUUGAGGAUCUUGAAGCACUGGAUGAUGAUGAUUUCACAGAGGAUAAUUCUGAACCAAUGGAUGAGGAAGAACAGGAUAGACUGUUCUCUCAUUGGCAGUCGGUGGCCAGUACUCACCAGGUGUCGAUUCCUCCAGAAAUGGCAGCACCUAUUCAGCAAAUGGCUAGGCAAAGCAAUGCAAGGGAGCCAGUUCCAUUUGUUACAUUAUCUCGUCAUGAAAAGCUGAAUGAAACUGCUUAUGAGGAGCGCAUGUAUCCUGCUGGGAAAUGGGCAUGUAUAACCAAGGGUGAGGAAUUGUAUGAGCAGAGUAUCUCUAUGGCCUUCAUGAAGCUGAUGCGUUAUAUCUGCAAGGAAAAUUCUGCAGGUCGUUACCUGGGAAUGACAGUACCAGUGCUGAAUGAAAUCCAGAUAUCAAAAGAUGGGAAAAGCUUUGUCCGGGAUAUUUUGACAGCGUAUUACUUGCCAGCAGAAUUUCAGCAGGAUCCUCCAGAACCUCUUGAUCCAGAUAUUGUAAUAGUGCAGAGGGAACCGGUGAGAGUAGUUACAAGGGUGUUUUUUGGUACCACCACAGAGGAGACUAUAUCCAGGCAGAUCAGCUUACUCUGGGAACUAUUAGGGUCCACUGAAGACUUCCUUAGAGACACCUACAUAGUUGCUGUGUAUGAAAACCCAGGAAUUCCGUGUCGAAGAAAUGAGAUCUGGUUUAUUAGACGUGAUCAGUAGUGCCUCAUGCACUGCAUUAACUGUUGAGUGUAUUAGGCAGAUAAAUAAUUAUGUUAUAAUUAUAUUAUAAAUUAAGUCUGCUUGACAAAACACACUAGUUACUAUGAAAGAAAGUAUUCAGAAGAAAUUUGGGUUUACAUGUCUGUAAAGAAGUUUCUGCCAGCUUGGGUUAACUUUGCAUCACAAUGUACUUUUGAGUUUUCAAGCAGCUGAUGUGAAAAUUGUAACACUAGUACAUGUUGAUAGAUUUUCUUUGUGAGGUGGUGGUUGUUCUUUCUUUAGGCCUUGUUCACACGGGCGUUAAGUUUUUGGAUAAACGAACUUGCUCUGAACGUCCUAGACGUUUAUGUUGC